GAAAAGUGGUUGUAAAUUUACACUUGAAAAAAAAACUAAAAAAGUUGUGAUUAAAUAAAUAAUUUAUAAUGAAAGCCUAUUUUUAACGGCGAGCGCAGGAGCCAAAUCAUCAUUAUUAGGGCGCAGUGCCAAUGAAGCGAAGAGAAGAAGAAUAUGAAUAGGGAAGGCUUCCGCUCGGGUUAACCUCACAUUUGUCACACGUUUGUUUGAUGGGGGUCCUCUUAGACUUAUUUACUGUCUGUUACUUAAAUUAAAUAAAUCUAGUUUUAAUUGUAACACAGUCAUGGACAAUAGUAAAUACAAGGACUUAAUGCCUCCUAUUUCGGAGGAUGCAGAGGCGCCGGAUUCAUCAGAGGAAUCUGCCGAUGAAAACGAGUUUCAACCCAGCAAGCGGCAAAAGAUCAAGAACAAAGUGUUUGCUGACGACUUUGAAUUCGUGAGCAGUGUGGAGGAAUACAACAAAGACCCUUGGAACGACAUUAAAAAGUACGUGAAAAGAAAGGCCAAGUACAAGACUGACGACAAGAUCCGAUCAGCGCUAAAACGUGAGUCUGAAGCCAAUCAGAACCAGUCGGACUCAGAAAUCAGCCUGUCCGAUGACGAGCUGAAACACGACCGGAUUACUGAGAAGCUGAAAAGGAAAAAAAAGAUCGACAAACUAGAAGAUACAACUGAGUAUGAAAAGCCGUUUGAGCCCACCAGUUACGAGGACACCACGUUUUAUGAAAUGAACCUGUCCAAGCCGCUGUUAAAGGCCAUAUCGGACAUGAGGUUUGCGCACCCGACUCCUAUCCAAUCUGCAACGAUCCCCGUUGCCUUGCUAGGGCGCGAUAUUUGUGGCUGCGCAGCCACAGGGACGGGAAAGACUGCCGCCUACAUGCUGCCCACUUUGGAAAGGCUCAUUUAUCGACCAAUGAAAAACGCCGCAAUUACCAGAGUUUUAGUCUUGGUCCCAACUAGAGAACUAGGCGUUCAAGUGUAUCAAGUCACCAAACAGUUGAGUCAAUAUUCAGAUAUUGAAAUCGGCUUGGCGGUUGGUGGUUUGGACUUGAAGACCCAGGAAAGUGUUCUGAGGAAGAAGCCCGACAUUGUAAUAGCCACUCCCGGUCGUUUAAUCGACCAUCUAAAAAGUACUCCCACUUUUGGUUUGGAAUCCAUCGAAGUCUUGAUUCUGGACGAAGCUGACCGUAUGCUGGACGAGUAUUUCGCUGAACAAAUGAAGGAAAUUGUCAGGCAGUGUGCUCGGACGAGACAGACGAUUCUAUUUUCUGCCACAAUGACCGACGAAGUGGAAAAUUUGGCUGCGGUUUCCCUAGUCGAUCCAGUCAGGCUGUUUGUGGACAGCAACAAGGACGUGGCUUUCAACUUGCGACAGGAGUUUAUUAGAAUCAGAACUGGAUUGGAGGAAGAUAGGGAGGCAAUUUUGGGAGCUUUAGUGCGCCGAACCUUCCGCGAAAGUUGCAUGAUUUUCGUCCAAACCAAGAAACAGGCUCAUCACAUUCAUAUUCUGUUGGGAAUGUUGGGCCUUAAAGUGGCCGAACUUCAUGGAAAUUUGACUCAGCCGCAGCGUCUGGAGGCGCUGGAUAAAUUCAAAAAUAAAGAAGUGGAUGUAUUGGUGGCUACUGAUGUGGCUGCUAGAGGCUUGGACAUUCCUGGCGUCAAAACCGUAAUCAAUUACGCGAUGCCUUCAAUCUUAGAGCACUAUAUUCACCGAGUCGGGCGAACAGCCAGAGCAGGGCGCGCUGGCGUUUCAGUCAGUUUGGCUGGUGAAAAGGACAGAAAAAUGGUAAAAAGCAUCAUCAAGCGUGCGAAAUACCCCGUAAAGAACCGAGUAAUACCACAGGAUAUUCUGGAAAAAUACAGGCAAAAAAUAAAGUCCCUUCAACCGCAAAUCGAAGACAUUUUGCGCGAAGAGGAGGAAGAGCGACUGCUGCGUAAAGCCGAAAACCAGGCGAAUAAGGCAGAGAAAAUGUUGGCUGGAAUCAAAGACCCAGAAAGGCCGUGGUUCCAAACGAAGCAAGAAAGGAAGAAGGAAAACGUCAAGCUGAAAGCGAGCACUGCCCUGAAGAAUGCAAAGGACAAACCCAAAAAGGUCAAGAAGGUUCGGGACGAAGAUGAGGAGAAAAUGCUGAAGGUACAAGCGAUGCAAGCGAGGAGCUUCAAAAAAAAGCACAAACCUAAAAAAAUAUACGCUGUUGGUGAAGAUAAGGGCUUCAAUAAGGGAAAGGGCAACGCCAAGAAACGAAAGUCGCAUUUCGGCGAUUUGGUCAAUGUGAACCAGGCGAAGAAACUGAGACACCAAUCAAAGUUUGAACAGAAAAAAGUGGGCAAAAAUAGAAAGUAGUCGCUUGGGUUGUUUUAACAUUUAUUUUUAUAGAGCUAAUGGAAAUAAAUGACAAUAAAAAUGA